GAUGGUGACACUGCAGUAGGAUUCAUGAGCUUAUGUUCUCAAGUAAAUGUUUCCUUGUUUCAAGAGUGUUUUGACUUAGGGCCUUUCCAUGGACUCUGUAAACCACAUCCUGAAGAUAUUCUCAAAAUGCCACAGAAGCCAAGCAUUCAAGAAGAUGAAGAUAAAAGCAACCAAACAAGUCAAGAAACAGAGUCUGUUUCAUCUCGAAACUUUGAACAUAUUCAUGAUCAGGAUGCGGCUGUGCAGAAAGAUGGGGCCAUUACCAUUUCCCAUACUGAACUGCUGUUAGAUAAUGUCAGAGGCAAAGAUUUCAAAGCCUCAGCAACACCCCUCCUUGAGACUGAAGAAAAAGGUGCUUUUCAUGCAGUGUACAGAGGAGCUUCAAAUGCUUUCUGUAUCCGUCUGUUUUGUAUUGAUGAGAAGUAUGAAAUGAGAUCGCUGGAUUUUUUGCGUUACGUUUUCAAGCUUUUUCCAAGCAAAGACUUCUGUGUCAUCCUCGUGCCACAUCAUGUACCGGAGUUCCACCUGAUCCAGAGUUUUGUUCGAGUUGUCCCUUUCUGUACUUCCAAACUUGGUCACGAGCUUUAUGUGUUCCACCGUGCGGGAUUGCUCAAGUCAUUUAAUGUGAGAAGGGCAACAACCAAUGACCUAUUUGGUGUCAAAAUGCUCGUUAAAACCCUUAGCUUGAAUGAAAGUAUAUUGAAUGACUUAAAGAUAUUUACUCUGGCUCGCAGGGAUCCAGAUGGGACCCCAGUGCAAGCUUUCAUAGCAGAAGUUUUGGAUCAAAUAGUUGGCAUUUCUGUUAUUAGAGAUGAAAUGGAUAUUGAGUAUAUUCGAUCACAUUACAACGUCGAAGAUUUUAUUCAUUUUAAUCACCACCAUCAAGAGGAACAUGGACAUCUUUAUCACUUUGCCUUAAAUCCUAUAUUUCGUCACUAUACAAAACACUUUUUAAAGGAGAUUCUUCGCUUGGCCCACAAAUCUGCUCUUUAUUAUCCUAUUUAUCCACAGUAUGUGGAAGGCAAGAUUGCUGUCUUUCAGUUUCAGAAUCCCUGUGCCCAUUCCCUGACAUCUGCCCUUCAUUACAUGGUUCCCGUGCGACCAAGACGACAGAUUGUCUAUCCUCUGGAAGAGCUUGGCAUAAAUGCUCCAUCAGAGCAGGUCUCCAAGGAUCAGCUGAGUUAUUCUUUGAACCACAUAAAUCGAAAGCUGGUACUGGAAUCUAAAGCGUCUAUCAAUACUAGAAUUGUGGUGGUUGGUGCAUCUGAUGUUGGAAUCUCUUUUCUGGAAACGCUCAUUUUUUGUCCACAUCUGAAGUUCAACAAUCUGACCUUGAUUUCAAUUCAUGGCCUUCCAGGAAAAGACCUACUGGGCUCCAGAUAUAGAAGAUUUUUAAUUAACAGCCACUGUUUUAAUGAUGAAGAUUAUGCACAGAUGUCACUUUGUUCCUGGGUUAACGUUGUGGUUGGUAAAAUGACUGGCAUAAAUCGCGCUGCCAAAUAUGUAGUUGUUUCCAAGGAGAAAAAAGUACCAUAUGACUACCUUGUUCUCUGCACGGGACAGAAAUACCAGGUCCUGUCUCCCACUGGAGCAGAUAUCAGUAAACUCCCAACUAACAGAGAAGUCAUGAGUAGGUGGCCACAAAGAUACACAGGGAAAGUCCCUUCCAAUCAUUUUACUCUCAACGAUGAUCAGGAUUGCUUAAGGGCAAUACACUGGCUGAAAGAAAACGUUGUCAACUCAGAAGACUUGAUCAUAGCUGCGUCCAAGAUCCCUACUCUUUCUGAAAAUGAGUCCACUUUUCAGCCCCUAGCCUAUUCUGGAGACAGUCUAAUAGGAGACAGGCUCAUGGAGGUGCUGAGGGAAGGCUCCUGUGGAGUUCAGCAAUUGAUUUGGAUGUCUGUCAGCUCUCUGCAGGCCAUGCUGCCGCUCUACUGGGAUGACCAAAGUUUUACUCCAUUUGCUACGUUUACCAAAAGUAGUCUGGAGCCUGCUGUGCCGAGCCCCGCUCUCCUUGCUCGGCCGCUGGAUGAGCGCCCGGGGUCCCACGUAGCCAGCCAGGGGCUCGGGCAGGAGCAGCUCCCACCGGUGCCCAGCGCGGCGG